UGUAACGAGGUGGAUACAAUUCUCUAUUCACAGUAACACACGGCGGUUACGGUUCCCUUCCCAAAGAGAAUUUGUCAGGCGUCCCGUCCGUUCAGCGAACUGCUGUUUUUAAGUGCCCUACAUAGUCAUGUGAUUGUAACGUAACCCGACCGGAAAACACCGACGACCAUCAAUGCCUCUUGAGAGGAACAGAGCAGCUGCAAGCCCAACGGACAAGUCCUCCGGUAACAAACAACAACACGACUAACUCCACGGAUUCAAGGCAAGCAGAGUAGAAAGGUAAGGCUACACGCACUUCAUUACAUUGUGUAUACCGACUGAUGUAAUUUAUAUACGGUUUCAAUAAAUCGGUCACUUUGAAGUUUAAGAAAUGUAUUCGGUGACCACCCCUUCCCCCUUGUCCAUUUCAUGAGGCUCGGUUUAUUUUCACUACACCGCUCCUCUAGUCCGGGGGGGGGGGGGGUGGGGGGCAGAGGCUAGCGCCCGAGUCUUCGUGGCGCGCUCGAACACACCGUUUCAGCUCCUAAAUGAGACAGAUUAAAAUGAUUUUGUUACUUGCCGUGGCGUGGGUCUAUGGCUAAACUAGACAUGCCAGCAGCAUAGUCGUUCACUUAUAGGUUUUGUAAGGGUUAUCUUUUGUUUAGGACGAAAACGUACUGCGGAAGUGGUUUCUCUGCGGGAUAUUGGGCCGUUCCACGUGUCUACAGUAGGGGCGGUGCUUUCUUACAAACACAUAGGGCUACUAUGAACACAUGGUACUUUAUUGCUAGAUUCCUUAUUCUUGAGUGACUACUCAAAGGUUUACUAUUACAAAAUGACUCAUUCAUUAUUAUUUAGUAACACAGGUCUCACAAUUGACUGCUGGAUGUCUGCCUCACAAAAUAUCAUUCAUUUCAGAUGGUAUUUUCUGAUAAUGUAAGGCAGGCUACUUUAUUUGCCAGAAUGGAUUUCAUAAACAUAUUUGUCAAUACUUAGAGCAACACUGUUUAAUCACCACCAAUGCCGCAACAUUAGCCUGCAGUGUUUUCCUGCAAUAGUAGUAGACUAUUGUGUCUGGACCAGAUUGAGAGUUGCUCUCUUCAUCUCUUCAGACAACUCCAGAUUAGGCAGACCUUCUUCUUAUGUACAUGUAAACAGAAGGCUCCUGAGUCAGCCUAGUGCCUACUACCUGGGGUUUUGACUUGUGAGUGUUGUGGUGUUUCUGUGUGGUAUAGUGAGCGAAUGGGUGUUAUAUCCUGCAGGCUCCAUUCCCAUUGGUAGAGGGGUGGAACCAGUCAGUCUUGCCUCAGGAAUGUGUAGAUGUACAUAAACCUGAUCAUGUGACGCCCAAAAGCCUCUAAUCCCGUGGUGACUUUUAGGGGUCAACAGCAGCCGUCUUGGUGGCCAGAGCAGAGAGCACACACUCCCUAUGAGUAAGGGUUCAAAGGGCAUAGGCUGAUAAAGACCAGGUCAUGCGAGGGGGUUGGAAUCCCGUCAAAGGACUGAGAGCAGACUGCCUGUAGAGAUUAUGCUACUUACCUAACCAUACACCUUUAUUCCAUGGAUCUGUCGGUUUCUAUCUGGCACUUCUGAUUGGCUGGAAUUCCAUGGUGGUAUUUGCACUCCCUCUGGAGAUGCCGACGGUUCAGAGGUGAGGUGACUGAGGUCUAUGGAUAUCAAGAGUAACUUUUAGGUGUCUUAUUCUACAUUUUACAUUUUAGUCAUUUAGCAGACGCGCUUAUCCAGAGCGACUUAGAGUUAGUGUUUUUUUCAUACUGGCCCCCCUUGGGAAACAUCAUCAAUUUUGUUUUAUAGAGUAGUUUUUGUUUAACUGACAUAUAGCUACAAGGGAAAAUACAUUCAAUGGGGUGUAGUCUUGAACUCUUUCUUCCAAAUGGAUAAGAGAUCUUCUUCUAGCCUAAAUAUACAGUAGGUUAACCCCUCCUCUGCAUCCUGUCCCCUGAGACAGCUUGUAGGGUUGUAUGAGUAGUCCUCCGGAAGCUGCAGCCUAGAGGUCAAUACGGAAACCACCCAUUCUGUCUCCUUUCCCAUCAAACGCUUUUGCUAGGGUGGUUAAAGCCAGCCUUGUGGAAAAACCAUCCAGUCAAUAGCUCAGCUGCAUCUCUGAGAUCAGGUCAUCUGAUGUUAAACAGCUCGGCCUCCUUGGCCUUAUUUGACAUUGAGCUGUUAGGCUAUGUUUAGGACAAGAGCCCUUCCCUGCUUUGAAUACAUUUGAUGAAAAUAUGUUAGAUUUGGUAUGUAAAGAGGAUCCGUGUUACAUUAAUAUAGUAUGCUCAUAUAUUAACUCGUAAGCUAGCCUAGGCUACAUGCUAUGUAUCAGAAAAUAAGCCAUUAAAUUGCUUCUAUUCAACAACAGUGUUUGUAUUGCUAGCCUACAUUGGAAUUUGUUGUGUUGUUACAGAGCUGUCAAAGUGGCCCUCUCAGACCUCUCUCUGUGGUGGCAUUGUGGUCCUCUUCCAGACAGGAAACUAACCAACCGACCGACUGACUGUUGCCUUCGUCUCUGUGUCUUUCUUUGUGCAGGUUGAAGAAUGGAGUUGGCCAACCAUGGUCUUAUCCUCCUGCAGCAGCUCAACGCUCAGAGGGAGUUUGGCUUCCUGUGUGACUGUACCAUCGCCAUCGGAGACGUCUUCUUCAAAGCCCACAAGGCCGUGCUGGCCGCCUUCUCAAACUACUUCAGAAUGCUCUUCAUACACCAGGACAGGUAUGGUAGGCUACAUUACGCUAGGCUAACAUUACGUUUACUAAUGAUUUACAACUGAGAAAGUUUAGUUGAAACCCAACACAGCCCUGCUUGGACUGUUCAAACAAGUUCACCUAAAGGUUGUAGUAGAAUAUGUGCAACUCAAUAAGGAAAGGACCAUGUUUAUGAAUGGUGAUCAAUAGAAGCUUUUGUUUGCAUCAUCAGUGUGUUCAAUUUCCAAGACGUUUUGAUGUGGCCAAUUUGUUAAAAAUAAAUAAUUAUACCAUAAAUAAAUAUCUAACUCUAUCUCUUUUCAGUGACUGUGUCCGCCUGAAGGCAGCUGACAUCCAGCCAGACAUCUUCAGCUACCUCCUCAACCUGAUGUACACAGGGAAGCUGGCCCCUCAGCUCAUCGACCCAGCCCGGCUGGAGCAGGGGGUCAAGUUCCUCCACGCCUACCCCCUCCUCCAGGAGGCCAGCCUGGCCAGCCAGACAGCCUUCUCCCACCCAGAGCCCAGCCUGCCCCUCUCUACUUCCCUCUUUGGCAUCCAGAUCUCCGACAAACAGGUGGCACUGUCCGGCAGGCUGCCCGUCCGGCGCCAGCUCUCCUCGCCUUUUGACCUGGACAGCCUCCCUGACAGGAAGUAUCCUUCCACGUCUGCUGUAGCAGCGGCGUUCGCCAACCACGCGUCCAAGCUGGACUCUUCGUUUCAGGAAAUGGUGGAGGCUUCGACCAGCGGCCAACGGGCCUCGUAUGAGGAGCAUAGAGGGAACACCCCGACAGGGGAGGUGCCCUCCUCAGGUAGCUCAAACACCAUUCUCCAUGUGAAGCCGAGCAUCAUGAAGAGGAAUGCCUCCUUCAGGAAGCACUACUCCUGCCACCUGUGUGGCAGCCGCUUCAACCAGAGGAGCCUGUUGAGGGAGCACCUCCUGCAGCACAGUCUGGCCCGGCUCCCCUUGGUGGCCAAGCCCAGCGGUGCACACUCACCUCACCUCCCAGGAGGAGGAGGAACCACCACACCAGAGGUAGAGGAGGUACUGCUAAGGGGAGGUGGAGAACGGUCCACUGCCAUGACAGUUGAGAUGCUUAGUGACAGCGAGCAAGCACCUCCCUCUGGUUUCAACAUGGACUCUCCCAGAGCGGAGUUUUCAGGGUGGGCGACGGGGUGUCAGUCCCAGGCCGACACCCCACCUCCAUCGGACAUUGCGGAUAUCGACAACCUGGAGAGUGCUGACCUGGACCGCGAGGUGAAGCGCAGGAAGUAUGAGUGCUCCACCUGCGGUCGCAAGUUCAUCCAGAAGAGCCACUGGCGAGAGCACAUGUACAUCCACACGGGCAAGCCUUACAAGUGCAGUGCCUGCGGCAAGAGCUUCUGUCGUGCCAACCAGGCGGCGCGCCACGUGUGUCUGACCCAGGGCGCCGACGCCUACACCAUGGUGGACCGGCAGAGCAUGGAGCUGUGUGCUGCAGGGGAUGACACCAGCCAGAUGGAGGCGCUGUUCCUAGGCUCGGCCAGGCCCUACAAGUGUAAUGUCUGUGAGACCACCUUCUCCAGCCCCAACGAGGUCAUUAAGCACCUGUGCUUCAGCCAAGGGGCUCUAGCAGGCCUGCAGGGGCAGUCAGGGGCGGGGCUGCUGCAGGGGGAGGAGUUUCCCAAAGACGAGGGCUCUGAUUCGUCCGGCACAGCCACCCUCAUUACGGCCAUAAAAACUGAGCAGAUCUUGGUGGAGUAGCACCACAGCACCAGAACCAGUCUUAUAUUUUUGUUCUCUUUUAUAUAUGUUUCUUUUUUACUUUGGUAAAUUAUGGUCAGUAGUUAAGCUAAAGGUUUAGUUAGAGGUAUGUAUGCGUAGGAGGGGUUUUAUAUCUACUGAAAAUGCUUCCUCAGGUUUAUUUAACAGCAAAAGCCAGAGACUGGGACUUGUUUCAGUAGGAACUGUCUAUUAAGUGUCCAUGUGAAAACCACACACUGUACUAAGUCUUCUUUCCAACAUGACGUUGCAUUUGUUCAUCCAUUUGUUCUCCAAUGCAUAUGUCACUGACCAGUUGGCAAAGUAGUAUGUCACUAUACGUUUCUCAAAAUAUGUUCUGCAGUUGAGUUCCUGAUGUAAUUAUGACUAGGCCUUUGUCGUAUUGUCAGUCUCUUUCUGGUGCUUCAUUUUCAUAGGUCUGUCACAUUGGUUUCUGUUACUUAAUUUAAAGUGGCCGUUGGCUGUGGUCGAGCCUCUCACUCAGCUUUUAGCAGGAGUUUUAACAGGAAAGGGAAGUUGAGAUAGAUUUCCGGAGGAAGUGAUGUUUCUCUACAAUCAGAUGCGAGCGGAAGCAACAGGCAGGUAGACACAGACUGAAUGGUGGUCUCAACACGUCUGCUGUAAAAGAAAAAUAGUCUCCUUUUCCAGAGUGUUAUCUGGUGCUGUAUACUGAUGAAAUGAGUAUAUGUCCAGAAUCAACCUCAUACGAAUGCCUAGUAGGUCCGGUCCAGUAGGCUAUGUCUUCCUUUGGCAGUUUUCAGUAACCUUGUAAGCAGAACAUGUACCAUGACAUUUUAUAAUUCCGUGGUAUAAUUUCCCUUCUGUGCAUCGUUUUGAGCAGCCAUUUUGUCACUUUCUGUGUUACGUGUGCCAACUGUGUGGGUAUGAAAAGAAGCACAAUUGCCAUAGAAGAAAAGGAUUGUGUUGGUUACACCAACAGAGGCCUCAAAGCAGAAGCAAGCACUGUAGCUUUAUACGUCAUGUUUACAGUCGUGCCAUUUUAUAAACCUUUGUUUAUUUUAAAUAGCUACUAUCUGUGCAUUUUUAAACACAUUUAUGUUAUUAUAUUUUGAUGCGUACAUACAUUGAAGGGAGUUUUCAAUUCUGUACAAUAUUGUACACCUUGCCAAUUGAUGAUAAUUUGCUUGAAUUUGUUCUUAAAGACCUUAUUUUGAGUUGGAUAUACCGUUCUAAUUUUAUAUACAGUGCUAUAUUUUCAAAUCAUAUUUUUUAUUGCAACGUUUGUAUAUUACUAAUUGGUUUCCAAUCUAGAAAACGAUUGAUUUAGUAUAGUGAAGGUGUAUGUAUAUUUGUUGUCAAUCUCUUUCCAUUCAAGGCCUUGGUGUUACUGACAAAAUGCUAGUAUGAUAUUUAUCUUAAUCUGCUGCGGUUUCAUCUGCAGUUACUCUUUUCCUCUGUUUAAACAGUACAGUUUGGUGGCAGGGAGGGUCAGGCUCAGUUCCAUUUUAACCCCUAGCCCAGUCCUCUAGCUUCGUUCUAUCCUUUUGGAGCUCAUAGACUGGAUCCAUGAAAGAAAAAUGUCCAUCCAUAUGGUUAAUAUGACUGUAUGGUUUAUGCCUAUCCUAUCGAGUCUCUAUCCAGGGUGGGGCCAAAUGGAACUGGGCCUAGGGUUCCAUACUACUUUAGCACUAAUGGAGUCUUCAUGCUAACUGAGCAAAUAAGACAUAGUUCAGUCACAUUUCCAUUAUCUUAAAGACACAAUAUAAAAGUGAGAUUAAAUGUGUGUUGUUACACGGGGAAGGACUCCUAUUUAUCUCGUGACUCAAAAGCUGUGUUACAGUAUAUUCAGGCAUUGUGAAGUGAAUACUACUGAAGUGUACUUCUCAGAGGUCAACAUAUAGUACAUGUUUCUAUUCAUCAGUCAGUCUCUGGAUUCUCCCUCCUGAGCUCAAGUCUUACGAUGUUCAACCACAUUGGUCGUAGAUGUAAACUAACAGCUUAACAUCUUUCGCUGUGUCAAUUAUAAAAUGUGUAUUUAUGCAAGCGGUUUGUCUUUUCUGUGUUGGGAUGUUUUUGGAAACAAGUUUCAGGGGUAAUGGGGAAUGAUGGAAAGUCCCAUACACAUGAUCCUCGAGAGCGCACAAUGCUGCCCUCCCAAAGCUCAGUUGAACCUGUACUGUGAUAUCUCUGUGUUCUCAGGAACGUGAGUUAGUCUUCUGUGUAAAUAAUAAAUAAAAGUAUUUUACAUUUUCAUAGUGAAGAAUGAACAAUUAAAGAGAUGUUUUGCAGAAUUAUGGCAUGAUUAAUUAUUUCUAAUUCAGCUGUGUUCAUCCCAAUAAUAAAUGCAUGUUUGAUUCAGAUGCUUUACUGAGCUUUUGGCUUUAGUUAAAUAAACUAGUUUAUAUAAUAAACUUACAUUGCUACUAUCUGAGGGUUUCCCAGUCUUUCAUCAACCCCAUCCAAAUGAACAUGUUGGAUUAAAUAAUGGAUUGAU